UUCUGCGCCUGCGCACUGCGGAAAAACCGUCCAUUUCUCUGUCUACCGGGAAGGACGCAGGUGUGGAGGACCCUAACUGCCAUGGCUUCCGGCACUUUGGCGAAACCUCAGAUGCGGGGUCUUCUGGCCAAGCGUUUGCGGUUUCAUAUUGUUGGAGCAUUCACGGUUGCCCUGGGGGUUGCAGCUCUCUAUAAGUUUGGUGUGGCUGAACCAAGAAAGAAGGCAUAUGCAGAUUUCUACAGAAAUUAUGAUUCCAUGAAAGAUUUUGAGGAGAUGAGGCGGGCUGGAAUCUUUCAGAGUGUAAAGUAAUUUUGGAAUAUAAAGAAUUUCUUUGGAUUGAGGUCCUUAGAAGUUUGUACUGACUUGUGCUCCUGAACUAUUAAACAUGAAUAUGUGGGCUAAGAAAUAGUUUUUCUUGGUAAAUAAACAAUUAACAAAUACUGUA